UGAAAUAUGACGUUGCUAAAGAGGUACAUGUUAAGAUUGUUCAUAUCGUUGAAGUACAUCACUGCAAAUGUGGUAGACAGAAACAACGGACGAAUAGUAGCAACAUCAUCAACGGUUGAACAUUCAGUGAAACAGUCACUUGAGUGCAGUAGAACUUGCAAUGCAAAGGCUGGAGCAAUCGUAGGAGAAGUGUUGGCAAUGCGUCUCAAAGUGGAGGGUCUAGAUCAAGUGCAAGUAAACGGGAUCCAUGUCAAUAUAAAUAAGGAGGUUGAGAAGAAAGGUUUCAAGAAUCGCACAAAAGUUUGGGCUAUAGUUAAUGGCUUAAGAGCAACGGAGUGA